AUAAAGAGCUGGCAAGGAGCUGGAAAGCAGACAGCAGAGCUCACAGAAGAGCAAAGAUGCCAACCCCGAACAUCUCCACCUCUGCAGCCAAAGGCUUCCGCAGGGCAGUGUCAGAGCUGGACUCCAAGCAAGCUGAGGCCAUCAUGUCUCCACGGUUCAUUGGUAGGCGUCAAAGUCUCAUUGAAGAUGCCAGGAAGGAAAGAGAGGCUGCAGCUGCAGCCACUGAUGCUGCAGAGUCUACGGAGACCAUUGUCUUUGAGGAGAAGGAUGGGAGAGCAAUGCUGAACCUCUUCUUCAUGCUCAAGGGAGCCAAGACUUCACCACUGUCCCGUGCACUUAAGGUAUUUGAGACAUUUGAAGCUAAAAUUCACCACCUGGAGACCAGGCUUAGCCGAAAGCCCCGAGAAGGGUCUGCUGAACUGGAAUACUUUGUGCGCUGUGAAGUCCAUAGCUCUGAUCUCAAUACUUUCAUUAGCUCCAUCAAGAGGGUAACAGAAGAUGUGAGGACCACUAAGGAAGACAAAUUUCACUGGUUUCCCAGAAAAAUCUGUGAACUGGACAAGUGCCACCAUUUGGUCACCAAGUUUGACCCUGACUUGGAUCUGGAUCACCCAGGCUACUCUGACCAAGUAUAUCGCCGGAGAAGGAAAUCAAUAGCGGAAAUCGCUUUUCAUUAUAAGCAUGGGGAUCCGAUCCCUCAAGUGGAGUACACGGCAGAGGAGAUUGCUACUUGGAAGGAGGUGUACAGCACCCUGAAGAGCUUGUAUCCCACCCAUGCCUGCAAGGAAUAUCUUGAAGCUUUUAACCUACUGGAGAAAUACUGUGGCUACAAUGAGAAUAACAUCCCUCAGCUGGAGGAGGUCUCCUGCUUCCUGAAAGAGAGGACCGGCUUCCAGCUACGGCCAGUGGCUGGCUUGCUGUCGGCGCGGGACUUCCUCGCCAGUCUGGCCUUCCGUGUCUUCCAGUGCACACAGUACAUCCGCCACGCAUCCUCUCCCAUGCACUCCCCUGAGCCGGAUUGCUGUCACGAGCUGCUGGGGCAUGUCCCGAUGCUGGCUGACAAGACGUUUGCCCAGUUCUCUCAGGACAUUGGGCUGGCAUCUCUGGGAGCAACUGAUGAAGAAAUUGAGAAACUUUCGACACUUUACUGGUUUACGGUGGAGUUUGGGCUCUGCAGACAGAAUGGGAUAGUCAAAGCCUAUGGAGCUGGGCUCCUGUCUUCCUAUGGGGAGCUCAUACAUUCCUUGUCAGAUGAACCAGAGGUGCGGGACUUUGACCCCGAUGCUGCUGCUGUUCAACCCUACCAGGACCAGAACUACCAGUCCGUAUAUUUUGUGUCUGAGAGCUUCAGCGAUGCCAAAAGUAAACUGAGGAGCUACGCAGCACACAUCAAGCGGCCCUUCUCAGUGAAAUAUGAGCCCUACACCCACAGCAUUGAGCUCCUGGAUAGCCCUCAGAUGAUCUGUCACUCCCUGGAGAGCGUAAGGGAUGAGCUCCACUCGCUGAUUAAUGCACUCAAUGUUAUCAGUUAAUAUGAGAACUGGGCUCUUUCCUUCUCCUCUUCCCUCGCAACCCCAAAACCUCCUGCUCUGCCC